AUGUCUGCUCGGAGAUUUCGAGCGCGGGGAAUCAGCCCAAGAAUCUCGUUUUCAUAUGACCUGAACAGGCCAAAUGUUCUGUCAAACGAGGAUCACUGCCGGCGGUCGGACUUGACCCUCUUGGAUUCCAGCUCCGACUUCGUCUUCUGCAUUGGUAAUAGAUUUGCACAAGAAAUGGCUCCAGCUGACGAGCUUUUCUCCAACGGUAAGAUCCGUGCAAAAGAAAUCAAACGAAAGGUCACUUCCCCAGAUGAAACGUCAAUCCAAUCGGAGUCCAUCUCUUCUCGUCCUCGGCCUUCCUAUUCCGGGAACACAGAAAAGAAGCAGCUCAGAGAGUUAUUGUCCAACAAUUUUGAUGCGGAAGAAAAGCCUCCAUCAAAAUCUUUCUGGCAGUUCAAGCGAAGCAGCAGCCACGACCUCAGCCCUACGUUUGGUCCCGCAGCACUGCUACUCCAACGCACCACCACCAGAACCCCAGAUCACCACCGCGAACCACCCCAUUCUUACAUGCAGCAACACCUCACACAACUCUGUUUUUCCCACCCAAAAACAGAGCAGUCGUCCACGCCAACAGCCCCGUUUCCUCCACACCUCAACCGCACGGGCCCCCGUUCGUGCUCCUCAGAUCAAGGCCAAACGCCAGCAGCGACGGAAGCCGCCAACCAUUGUCCUGACUGCCGUGGCUUGAAAGAGGUUUGCAGUAUGGAUUAG